AUGCAUCUCGACCACAAGAUUCCAUGGCACUUGAUUGCUCCCCAUUUCUCUCUCACACCAGCUGAUCAAGUUGCCAACUACAGUCUGGCCGCGCUAGGUUUACCUGAGCAGAAAGCGGCUGUCAGUCAUUUCAACCGCGUGUUCCUGGUGACUAUCAGGGAAUUCUCCGAUACUGAGAUCACGAAGAUUGAUCCAACACAAAUCAGUGGAAAGUUGUUUUCCGACGGUGUGCUCAAUUUCGCUGAACGCCACUUUGGUCUCGGUCCCCAUGAGGAUAACUCCGCACUGCACAACCCGCUGAACUCGUCGCAUGAGGAUCUCGAAUAUUGGAAACGACGGGCGAAAGAUCCAGACAGCGAAGGCGACCCAUGCUACAGCACCGCUGAUGCCGACUUGGCCGACGCAGCAAAGAUGUUGGUUAUUGUAGCUGCUAUGGCCGAUGACAAACCCACUCGACGGGAGGCUUUAUCCGCGCUUGUCCGCCUUUCCAAUGAGGUUCCAUUAUCAGAUCUCCGAGGGCUUCAUUGGGGUCACGCCUUCGGACUCGAUCUCGUCGCUAGCGUGGCGCUGCAGAUGUACAUAUUCCUAAACCUCAUCGAAGCUGUCAAGUCUCGUGGAGCCGAACAGGUGCCGCUACUAUCUGUUGAACAGCUAUUGUCAUUUCUGAGCAACCACGCCCUUGAAAAUUACGACUUCCCCGCACAGAAUAUUCCGCAUCGAGCCUUUUGGCAUUCUUUAGGGGUUACAGAAUCAUGGGCUGCCGGCCGACAUAAGGGUACUCUUCAAGGGGACAGGGCAGUUAUUGAUCCGCUGGCAGAUGGGUCGGACGAAGCUCACCAAAAGGCGAGAGAGGGUUUGAAGAAGUACUUGAAGGAUUUUGGCACAAGUCAGCUGCCAAUGAACGAAUCAACGCUACAGUAUCGGCUGAAUUCCAAAGCCGAGGGAGAUAUCCCUACGUCCGACGGGAAAUUGUGCGACAAGUGUCUUGCAAUGUCUUAG